CCAGGUUUCUGGCCACCAUGGGGCUGCCACUAGCCCUCCUGGUGGCCCUCUGCCUGACUCUGACCUGGGCCGGGGGCUCAGAGCUCCGGAGAGAAGGCAGGACCCGGAACCACGGCCACAGCGUCUGCAGCACGUGGGGCGACUCCCACUACAAGACCUUCGACGGAGACGUCUUCCGCUUCCCCGGGCUGUGCGACUACAACUUCGCCUCUGACUGCCGGGACACCUACCAGGAGUUCGCUGUGCACCUGAAACGGGGCCCCGGCCGCAGUGGGGGCCACCCCCAGGUCGAGUACAUCCUGCUGACCGUCAAGGGUGAUGCCAUCUACCUCACCAGCCAGCUCGCUGUGGUGAACGGCGCCUUGGUCAGCAGCCCGCACUACAGCCCGGGGCUGCUCAUCGAGAAGAAUGACGCCUACACCAAGGUCUAUUCCCGUGCUGGCCUCACGCUCAUGUGGAACCGGGAGGACUCGGUCAUGCUGGAGCUGGACAGUAAGUUCCGGAACCACACGUGUGGCCUCUGUGGUGACUACAACGGUCUGCAGACCUACUCUGAGUUCCUCUCCGAUGGCGUGCUCUUCAGUCCCAUCGAAUUUGGGAACAUGCAGAAGGUGAACAAGCCUGAGGAGGUGUGCGAGGACCCCCAGGAGGUGCCGACCCCCGCGUCCUGCUCUGAGCAUCGCGCCGAGUGCGAGAGGCUGCUGACAGACACGGCCUUCGAGGACUGCCGGGACCUGGUGCCACUGGAGCUGCACGUGCAGGCCUGCAUGCAGGACCGCUGCCAGUGCCCGCAUGGCACUUCCUGCGUCUGCAGCACCAUCGCCGAGUUCUCCCGCCAGUGCUCGCACGCCGGCGGCAGGCCGCGGAACUGGAGGACCGCCUCGCUCUGCCCUAAGAGGUGCCCCGGGAACAUGGUUUACCUGGAGAGCGGCUCGCCCUGCAUGGACACCUGCUCACACCUGGAGGUCAGCAGCCUGUGUGAGGAACAUCGCAUGGACGGCUGUUUCUGCCCGGAAGGCACUGUGUACGAUGACAUCAAGGGUGGCGGCUGCAUCCCUGUGAACGAAUGUCACUGCAAGCUGCGUGGACACCUGUACGCGCCUGGCCGACAGAUCACCAACAGCUGCGAGCAGUGUGUUUGCAAUGCCAGCCGCUGGGUGUGCCAGGACCUGCAGUGCCCCAGGACGUGUGCCCUGGAGGGCGGUGCCCAUAUCACCACCUUCGACGAGAGGAAGUACACGUUCCACGGGGACUGCUACUACGUGCUGACCAAGGACACCCACAACGACUCCUACACCGUCCUGGGUGAGCUGACCCCCUGCGGCUCCACCGACAAGCAGACCUGCCUGAAGACGGUGGUGCUGCUGGCUGACAACAAGAAGAACGUGGUGGCCUUCAAGUUGGAUGGCAGCGUCCUGCUGAAUGAGCUGCAGGUGAACCUGCCCCACGUGACGGCAAGCUUCUCCAUCUUUCAACCGUCCUCCCACCACAUCGUCGUGACCACCGCCUUCGGCCUCAGGCUGCAGGUCCAGCUGGUGCCGGUCAUGCAGCUCUUCCUGACGCUGGACCAUGCCGCCCAGGGGCUGGUGAAGGGCCUCUGCGGGAACUUCAACGGCCUUGAAGGUGACGACUUCAGGACGGCCGGUGGGCUGGUGGAGGCCACGGGCGCCGGCUUCGCCAACACCUGGAAGGCCCAGUCGAGCUGCCGUGACAAGCUGGACUGGCUGGAUGACCCCUGCUCCCUCAACAUCGAGAGCGCCAACUAUGCUGAGCAUUGGUGCUCCCUGCUGAAGAAGACAGAGAGCCCGUUCAGGAAGUGCCACUCUGCCGUGGACCCAGCCGAGUACUACAAGAGGUGCAAAUACGACACGUGCAACUGUCAGAGCACGGAGGACUGCAUGUGCGCGGCCCUGGCCUCCUAUGCCCGCGCCUGCGCCAUCAAGGGCGUCAUGCUGUGGGGCUGGCGGGAGCGCGUCUGCAACAAGGACGUGGGCUCCUGCCCCAGGUCGCAGGUCUUCCUGUACAACCUGACCACCUGCCAGCCGACCUGCCGCUCGCUGUCUGAGCCUGACGCUCACUGUGUCAAGGGCUUCGCACCCGUGGACGGCUGCGGCUGCCCCGACCACACCUUCCUGGACGAGAAGGGCCGCUGCGUGGCCCUGGCCAAGUGUUCCUGCUACCACCAUGGCCUCUACCUGGAGGCGGGGGAGGCCAUCCUGAGGCAGGAGGAGCGAUGCGUUUGCCGGAACGGGAGGCUGCACUGCCUGCGGGUCAAGCAGCCCUACCAGCGCUGCACGGCCCCGAAGAUCCACGUCGACUGCAGCAACCUGACGGCGCUGGCCACCCGGAACCCCAGGCCCGUCAGCUGCCAGACGCUGGCUGCCGGCUACUACCAGACGGAGUGCAUCAGUGGCUGCGUGUGCCCUGAGGGGCUGAUUGACGAUGGCCGGGGUGGCUGCGUGGUGGAGGAGGCGUGCCCGUGUGUGCACAACAAGGACCUGUACUCCCCCGGGGACAAGAUCAGGGUGGACUGCAACACCUGCACCUGCCAGAAAGGGCGCUGGGCAUGCACCCAGUCCAUGUGCCACGGCACCUGUGCCAUCUACGGGAACAGCCACUACAUCACCUUCGAUGGGAAGUACUAUGACUUUGAUGGACACUGCUCCUACGUGGCCGUUCAGGACUACUGUGGCCAGAACUCCUCACUGGGCUCCUUCAGUGUCAUCACUGAGAAUGUCCCCUGUGGCACCACGGGCGUCACCUGCUCCAAGGCCAUCAAGAUCUUCCUGGGGAGGACGGAGCUAAAGCUGGAGGACAAACACCGCAUGGUGAUACAGCGUGAUGUGGGCCACCAUGUGGCCUACACCACGCGGGAAGUGGGCCAGUACCUGGUGGUGGAGGCUAGCGUUGGCAUCGUCGUCAUCUGGGACAAGAGGACCAGCGUCUUCAUCAAGCUCGCCCCCUCCUACAAGGGCACUGUGUGUGGCCUGUGUGGGAACUUUGACCAGCGAUCCAGCAACGACUUCACCACGCGGGACCACAUGGUGGUGGAGAGUGAGCUGGACUUCGGGAACAGCUGGAAGGAGGCCCCCACCUGUCCGGACGUGAGCGCCACCCCCGAGCCGUGCGCCCUGAGGCCGCACCGCCGCUCCUGGGCCCAGAAGCAGUGCAGCAUCAUCAAGGGCCCGGUCUUCGGGGUCUGCCACAGCAAGGUGGACCCCAAGCCCUUCUACGAAGCCUGUGUCCACGACUCGUGCUCCUGCGACACGGGCGGGGACUGUGAGUGUUUCUGCUCUGCUGUGGCCGCCUACGCCCAAGAGUGCACCAAGGAGGGGGCCUGUGUGUUCUGGAGGACGCCCGAGCUGUGCCCCAUAUUCUGUGACUACUACAACCCCCCGAACGAGUGUCAGUGGCACUACGAACCCUGCGGGAACCACAGCUUUGAGACGUGCAGGACGAUCAGUGGCGUUCACUCCAACAUCUCCGUGUCCCACCUGGAGGGCUGCUACCCCCGGUGCCCUAAGGAAAGUCCCAUCUAUGACGAGGACCUGAAGAAGUGUGUCACACGGGACAAAUGUGGUUGCUACGUGACGGGCACUCACUACGCACCUGGAGAGUCUGUGCCCUCGAAGAUCUGCUACUCUUGUGUGUGUAACAACUCCUCACAAGUUGUCUGCCAGGAAGAAAAAGGGAAGAUUAUCACCUCUAAGAAGGACAGCCCCUUCUGCUACUGGGAGAUCUGUGGCCCCAACGGGACGGUGGAGAAGCACUUCGGCGUGUGCGAGCACACCCCAACAACCUUGUCCCCCUCAACACCCGCCACCACCACCUCUGUCUCCCCCAUCACCCCCUCCACCACCAUGAGCACCACUCUGACCGCCAGUACAGUGCCAUCUCCCUCUUCAACAACUCAGAGUAAGUCACCGCUGCGUCUUGCUCGCCUAGGGCUAUGCUGCUCCUGGUCCGACUGGAUCAACGAUGACCAUCCCAGAAUCGGCAGUGAUGGUGGAGACCGAGAGACAUUCAACCAUGUCUGCAGGGCCCCCAAGGAUAUCGAGUGCAGGGUGGCCGUACAGCCGCACCUCAGGUGGGAGGAUCUGGGCCAGGAGGCUCAGUGCAAUGUAUCCUUCGGGUUCAUCUGCAAGAACAAAGACCAGUUUGGAAAAGGACCUUUUGAAGUCUGCUAUGACUACGAGAUACGCGUCUAUUGUUGCCUGCUGACAGAUGAGUGUCGCACAAACCUGAUCACGACGCCCACCACCACUUUAACUGGGACUCCAACUCUGACCCCCACCACAACCACAACAGAGAUUCCAACUCCGACCACUACAGAGACCCCAACCACAACACCCACCACCACUUCAACUGGGACUCCAACUGCGACCCGCANCACAACCACAACAGAGAUUCCAACUCCGACCACUACAGAGACCCCAAGCACAACACCCACCACCACUUCAACUGGGACUCCGUCUCCAACCCCCACCACAACCACAAUAGGGACUCCAACUCGGACCACUAGUGAGACCCCAAGCACAACACCCAGCACCACUUCAACUGGGACUCCAAGUCCGACCCCCACCACAACCACAACAGAGAUUCCAACUCCGACCACUACAGAGACCCCAACCACAACACCCACCACCACUUCAACUGGGACUCCAACUGCGACCCGCACCACAACCACAACAGAGAUUCCAACUCCGACCACUACAGAGACCCCAACCACAGGACCCACCACCACUUCAACUGGGACUCCGACUCCAACCCCCACCACAACCACAAUAGGGACUCCAACUCSGACCACUAGUGAGAYCCCAASCACAACMCCUACCACCACUUCAAGUGGGACUCCAACUAUGACCCUCAGCACAACCACAACAGAGAUUCCAACUCCGACCACUACAGAGACCCCAACCACAACACCCACCACCACUUCAACUGGGACUCCAACUGCGACCCCCAGCACAACCACAACAGAGAUUCCAACUCCAACCACUACAGAGACCCCAAGCACAACAUCCAUCACCACUUCAACUGGGACUCCAACCCCGACCCCCACAACAGCCACAACAACGAUUCCAACUCCGACCACUACAGAGACCCCAACCACAACACCCACCACCACUUCAACUGGGACUCCAACUCCGACCACCACCACUACAGAGACAAUCCCCACUACUGUCACAACCACAGAGACCCCAACACCAAUAACCACCACCACAGUGACCCCAACACCACCACUGACCACCACCUCCACAGUGACUCCAACUCCGACCCUCACCAUUAGCACCACCUCCACCGAGACUCCAACACCUACACCCACCAUAACAGAGACCCCAACUCCAGCGUCCACCACCGCAGAAAUCCCCUCCCCGACCACUGCCACAUCCACAGAGACUCCAACCCCACUUCCCAACAUUAGCACUACCAGCAGCACAUCAAAAUCUCUUCCUACGUCUUCCCCUCCAAUCUCCCAGUCCACCUAUCCCUCUUCCAUGGAAUCUACCACGCUUGUGACGACCACCCCAACAAUUGUGGAGACAUAUAGCACACCACAGACCCCAGCGUCGACAGAAUCAGCCAUCACUACAACAGGAGGAACCACGCCCUCUCCACCUACACCUGGCCCCACCCCUCCAGCCUAUGGCUGUAAGAUGGGCUACGUGGGCAAACCCAUCCUGAGGGAAGACCACCGAGGCAUGUGUGGCCUCAUGGGGAGUAGAGGCUGCCAGUCAGGCUCGCCAGCCUCGGGUCCCACCUCCUCGAAGACCACUCCCACCCGUGGAACCACGACUGGGCCCCCUUCAUCCACCACAGGCCCCCCUUCCACACCCACACCCACUCCCGCGACUGUGUCAACGACUUCCACGGGAACUUCCACACCAAUAGGACACUCGUCGACCAUGCCACCCACGCCACAGACCACCAGCACCUUGACCUCCAGUGUGACCACCCCCACGGUGAUCCCAUUAACCUCACCCAACAUCACCACGAGCAUCGUCUCAGUCACCACCAAGCCCCAGAGGGAAUGCUGCUAUUUCAAUGAAACGUACUAUGCCCCAGGUGAGCUGGUGUACAAUAGCACACAUGGGGACACCUGCUAUUACGUGAACUGCUCGCUGGACUGCACACUUGAGAUCUUCAACUGGUCCUGCCCAUCCACACCCACCACCCAGCCAUCCAUGACAUCCAGUGUGCCGCCCACCACCAAGCCCCCUGCGUGCCUGGACUUCGAUCCUCCCAGACAGGAGAACGAGACCUGGUGGCUGUGUAACUGCACCAUGGCCAUCUGCAAGUACAACAACACCGUGGAGCUCGUGGAGGUGAAGUGCGACCCCCCACCCAUGCCCACCUGCUCCAACGGCCUCAUGCCUGUGCGCGUCGAGGACCCCGACAAGUGCUGCUGGCACUGGGAGUGUGACUGCUACUGCACGGGCUGGGGGGACCCGCACUACGUCACCUUCGAUGGGCUCUACUACAGCUACAAGGGCAACUGCACGUACGUGCUGGUGGAGGAGAUCACUCCCACUAUGGACAACUUCGGGGUCUACAUCGACAACCAGCACUGUGACAUCAACAGCCAAGCGUCCUGCCCCCACGCGCUCAUCGUGCGCCAUGAGACCCAGGAGGUUCUGAUCAAGGCCGUGCACACGAUGCCCAUGAGGGUGCAGGUGCAGGUCAACAGGCAGGCCGUGGCGCUGCCCUAUAAAAAGUACGGGCUGCAGGUGUACCAGUCAGGCAUCAACUAUGUGGUGGACAUCCCUGAGCUGGGUGCCCUCAUCUCCUACGACAGCCUUUCCUUCUCCAUCCGGCUGCCCUACCACCGGUUCGGCAACAACACGAAGGGCCAGUGUGGUACGUGCACCAACAGCACCUCGGAUGACUGCACGCUGCCCGGUGGGGAGGCCGCCGCCAACUGCGAGGUCGCGGCUGGCCACUGGGUGGUGAACGACCCCUCGGAGCCGCAGUGUCCCCACAGGGGCUUCACCACCGAGCGCCCGGCCGCCUGGCCAUCGGUGGGCAGCAGCACAACCACCGGGACACGCUCUCCGUCUCCGCUCUGCGAGCUCAUCAAGGACAGCUUGUUCGCCCGGUGCCACACUGUGGCAUCCCCCAAGCACUACUACGAAGGCUGCAUAUUCGACAGCUUCACUGCGCCCGACUCAAGCCUGGAGUGUGCCAGCCUGCAGGCCUAUGCAGCCCUCUGUGCCCAGAAGGGCAUCUGUGUCGACUGGCGGAGCCACACUGGCGGGGCCUGUUUGGUGACGUGCCCGGCGCACCGCGAGUACCGGGCCUGUGGUCCCGUGGAGGAGCCCACCUGCAAGUCCAGCCCCACCCAGGCAAACAGCCCACGCCUGGCGGAAGGCUGCUUCUGUCCCAAGGGCACCACCAGCUACGCGCCCGGCUUCGACGUCUGCGUGGACCUGUGCGGCUGCGUGGGGCCCGACAACGUGCCCAGAGAGUUUGGGGAGCACUUUGAGUUCGACUGCAAGGACUGCAUCUGCCUGGAGGGGGGCAGCGGCAUCGUCUGCAGGCCCAAGACAUGCCACCCCAGGCCCCGCAUGGAGUGCAAGGAGAACGGCACCUACCCUGUCACAGAGGUCGACCCCGCCAACAUCUGUUGCAACAUCACCUCUUGCAAAUGCAAUGCCAUCCUGUGCAGGGAGAACCCCCCGCCGUGCCCACUGGGCUUCGAGGUGAAGAGCAAAAUGGUCCCUGGGAGGUGCUGCCCCUUCUACUCGUGUGUGCCCAAGGGCGUGUGUGUUCUCCGGAACGCUGAGUACCAGCCCGGUUCUCCAGUCUUCUCUUCCAAGUGCCAGAACUGCACGUGCACCGAAGGCAGGGACAACGCCACUCAGCUCAACAUCAUCUCCUGCACCCACGUGCCUUGCAACACCUCCUGCAACCCCGGCUUUGAGCUGGUGGACGCCCCCGGCGAGUGUUGCAAGAAGUGUCAGCAGACCCAGUGCAUCGUCAUCAACCGGCCCGGCAGCCAGGUCGUGGUCCUGAAGCCCGGCGACAUGAAGAGAGACCCCCUGAACAACUGUACCUUCUUCAGCUGCAUGAAGAUACAUGGCCAGUUCAUCUCAUCCGUCUCCAGCAUCACCUGCCCCGACUUUGACCCCAGCACCUGUCUCCCGGGCUCCAUCACACUCAUGCCCAAUGGCUGCUGCAGGAAAUGCCUCCCUCGCAAUGAGACCAGGGUCCCCUGCUCCACUGUCCCUGUCGUCAGGAAAAUUUCGCACAACGGCUGCGCCAAGCUGGUCACCAUGAACGACUGCUCCGGGUCCUGCGGGACCUUCGCCAUGUACUCGGCCGAGGCCCAGUCCCUGGACCACAGGUGCUCCUGUUGCAAGCAGCAGCGCACCAGCCAGCGGGAGGUGAUGCUGCAGUGCCCGGGCGGGCACUUGCUCCGCCACACCUACACCCACAUCGACAGCUGUCUGUGCCAGGACACCAUGUGCGAGCUGCCCCCCUGGCGCAGGGCCCGGCGCUCUGGCCUCAGGGACCUGGGCCCGGGGCGGGGGUGAGUGGGGCGCGCUCGGCCACCCAGGCCCCGCCUCCACCGUCCGUACAGCGCCUCUCCUGCCCCGCUGAGCUUCCUCGCCUCCUAAGCUGAC